CCAAAAAUCCUGCAAAUUCUCCCUCUCCUCUUUGUUGAAAUGGCAGGAGGUCAAAGAAAAAGAUCCCGCACCGGCAAGAACGUUGCCUCCUCCUCGGCUCCUCCACCACCGGCGCACAAAUACCUCGACGGGUCUUUCUUGUGGUUCAUCGACCGCGCUGAGGCGACGCGGUUCUCGGAGAAGUUUGAGCACCGGGAAAUUCUCCCUCCCCGGUUCUCCACGGCACGCUUCAUUCACGAUUCCAUUCCACGGGAGGCACGGGUCAUCCUCCAAGAAGGAAACUUCCUCGACCUACUCUACAUCAAGAAGAACGACUAUCAACCUUUUCUUGUUCGAGCCUUCUACUCGAACUUGAAAAAGGAUGAGGACGGAUCAUUGAUCUCAAACGUCAAUGGGGUAGAGAUCUAUUUGAAUGAGGAGAACAUUCAAAUCCUCCCCGGGCUUCGACGGGAUGGACAGGAUCUCGGGCUCUACGUCGGAGAAGAAGGAGCACGGUUCAACGAGACCGCCCUCUUGGAGGAAGUGGGCAUCCGAAACUUCGUCCCCACUCCUCAACAGCGGCGACCUACGAUUUCUUCCAUGAGUCCCGUGUAUCGUUUCAUCUUCUAUGUGUUGACACGGAUCCUCAAGCCCAGGAAGUUCAACCACACCACUCUCUCCCAAGAAGACACGAAGACGAUCCAUGCGAUGAUUCACAACGCCAAUAUCAAUUGGUGUAAAUUUGUGAUGAUCCACAUGUUCCACGCCACCUCCGACAACCGGCCGCUCCCCUACGCUCUUCUCGUCAUGGAAAUCCUUGAUGAGUACCACAUCAAGACGGACGUCGGGUUAAAAUGCAAAGGGACGAAGCAUUGGGUGAUUGACGAGUCCUCCUUCCACCCGGGAACCUAUGAAGCUACGUUCCCGCAGCCUCGUCCUCAUCGCCAACCGAGAGCUACUGCCUCGACUACCACCGCUUCAACCAAUCUGUCUCUUUCCGAGCAAAUGGCGGCUUUGACCACCACCCUUUCUCGGAUAGACACCAACGUCUCCAAAACGGCACAUAACGUCAAUAUUCUGAGCCGUGAGCUUCACGGGUAUUUUGACUUUGUCAACUACCCCUACGCUCAAAUGGUCCCUUAUGUUCCUCCGCCAAACCUAGGUGGUGAACCAAGUGGGACUAACGACGUUGGAAGAGAAGAAGCAGUGAACGUUGAAGAAGAAGAAGAAGAGGAAGACGAAGAAGCUAAAGAAGAAGAAGAUGAUGAUGAUGAUGAUGAUGGCAGUGGUGAUGAAGAGGAAGACGAAGACAUUGACGAAGAACAGCUUCUCAAUGAUCUUUCACCAGAUUUCUAGAGCUCUAGCUCUAUUCCCUUCUCUUCCUUAUUCUUUUUAUGCCUUUUAAAAUUUGCUUCCGUUAUGUACUCCGCUAUUUCCCUUAAUUCAUUAAUAAAAAUCUUUAUGGUUU